UUCAACAGAAACAGACAAUGAUGAAGUUCCAGGUGCACUCUCCUGGCAAAGUUAUUCUACAUGGAGAGCACGCUGUUAUUUAUCAAAAGCCCGCACUGGCUGCAGUCGUUGGCCUAGGCACCACGCUUCAGUUCCGCUCAGUGGCGGACAGCCAGAUGGCCAUCUUUCAGCUGAAGUCUCUCAACUCCACUCUGGAAAUCAAAUUGAGUAACUUUAAUGCCUUUCUGGAUAGCUUUCGCUCCAAAUAUCCCGGCGACAAGUUGGAGAGCACCGCUAAACUGUUGGAGGAGGUGCGUGCAGAAUUGGCUAAGGAAAUGGAACGUAAUAUGGGCACACCCAAGGCGCAGAACCAACGCGCGCUCGUUUCAAUAUUCUACCUACUAGCAGGCGCUGUGCUCACGUCUCCCAUAGAACCCAAUCUGAAACUUUCCCAGGGUUUCCAGGUGCAAGUGGAUUCAGAGCUUAAUGUGGGCGCCGGCUUGGGCAGCUCGGCGUCUUAUGGCUCUGCCUUGGCAGCAGCUUUUCUCAUUUUGGCUGGUCAUUUCGACGAGAAGAGCUAUUUGCAAGAGGAGAAUUUAGCUUUGAUUUCGCAUUGGGCAUACGAAUCGGAGCGCGUGAAUCAUGGCACGCCCUCCGGCGUGGAUAACACAGUGUGCACCUAUGGAGGAAUUCUACGCUUCGUCAAAGGCCAAGGAUUUCAGCCGUUGCGCGUACAGAAACCGCUCAACAUCUUACUUGUAGAUAGCCGUGUGGGCCGCAGCACCGCUGAUAUUGUGGCGAAAGUUCGUCACUUGAGCGAAGAGUUCCCAUUGCUAAUCGACGCAAUUUGGGAGGCUUGUGAACAGCUUGUCAAUUCCGCCGUGCCAUUGUACGAAAGCUUUGGCAAUGGACAAGAUGACAGUGAGAAGUUCGAGAAGCUCGAACGACUCUUUCAAAUAAACAACGAUCUGCUCAAGGCAAUUGGCGUUACACAUCCGAAACUGGAGCAAAUAUUUACAAUUGCCUUCAAGCGUGGCUUCUUCUCCAAGAUGACGGGCGCUGGUGCUGGUGGCUAUGCCAUUGUUUUGCUGCCCGAGAAGUACGAAUGCAACGAGGUAUACUGGAAACUAAAGGCGGAGUUGGAAGUAGCUGGCUUUGGUGUGCAUGUCACUACAGCUGGCGGCGAUGGACUGCGUGUGAGCUCUCUGGAUAAUUGAUAGCUUGUUCA